AAAGGACAGCUCGGGAGGAUGACUCGAGACGUCAAACAACGUCGUCAUUCCUUUUGUCGCUCGCACGCGCUUACUUGAAGGUCUCCUCGAUCUCCGUGAUGCUCGUGUCCUUCUCCACGACCAAGAAAUUGGGUUUGCGGUUCUUGUUGAGCUCGCCGAUGCCGCCGAGCAAGAAGCCGGUGCAAGUGUCUUCGUCGCCGAUCACUGCGAUCAGUUUGCCGCGACCCGCCAUCGCCGACCGGUCGAGAUUGCCCCAAAAAACGAGCGACUGACAGCAAAGACGGCUGGAAAGAGGACUGGCGGCAGAUCACGUGACACGCGCCGUCGGCCGAGCCCAGCCGCACUUCCGCUCCGUUCCAGCGGAGCUGCGGGAGCGGGCGUCCCCUGCUGUUCAGAAACUGUCAGACACCCGUCGUCGUGACGUCAAUUUUUGACCGAUCGAGUGCUAGAACGACCGACUCUUAUGAAAAGUAUCAGUAUCAAUAGUAUCAAUCCUUGUUUUACUUUGACUUCAUAUUUAUCUUCCGUCGAUAAGUCCUUUAAUACGGGAGGAGCUGCAAACUACUCGCGAGAGGAGCCGAGGCCUAAUCCGCUCGCCAUUUCAAGCCCAAACCUCAAAUACGUCAACUGCGGUCGCCUGUUCUUGUCGUGACUUGGGUCCCAAUUUGAAACGGUAAAAGCGUGGGCCGGGCCGGGCCGGGCCGGGCGGUCGAGUUGUUCGUUUUCCCACGUUCCUGAAGCGCUCGCUCGCGGUCACGUGAAAAAGCAGGAAGUGACAGGGAGUAAGCGACGAAGAAGACAGGAUGACGACGCAGGCGCUGAUCGCCGGCCUCGAGCGCAUCCCGGACCAGCUGGGCUAUCUGGUCCUCAGCGACGACGGCGUCCUGGCCUCUUCGGGCGAGCUGGAAAACGACGAGCGCACGGCCGGCGCGAUGAUGCAGAUGGUUCGCACGGCCAGUCGCUUCCGGUUGGCGGGGUCGGCCGACGUGCCCUUCAAACGCUUGUCGGUCAUACUGGAGGACUUUGUUCUCACCGUGACCGUUUCUGGACAGAAAGUCUUUGUGGUCAAACGUCAGAACGACCGGCACGAGCCAAUCGGUAUUUAGGGAGACGUCGGCCGGCCGCAGAAGCGCUUUUGCGUGGGCUCGGUCCCGCUUUGCUUGUCGGGGCCAAGGGUUUUUGCCCCGUCCAAAUAAUAAUUAAAAGAAUGAUCUGAAACAAA